AUGCGUCUAGGGUCCUUCAUUGACCUUGAUAGCAUCUUGUCGAUUGGAUGUGCUGGUGCCCUUCUAUGUGAAACCGUACGCCUGCAAAGCGUGGAGCAAGGUUCGGGCGGUCCAGGAGGAGCCUUCAUCACCUCACUUCGAAUGUUCACGCUGGCUGACUUCAUGUUUGUCAACGCCGAUACACUAUCGUCCCUCCAAGUGUUCCAGUCAGAGCUGCAUCCCAAUAAUCUAAUGUCAGGUACGGGUACGGCGGCCGCUGGGUUGAAAGAGAGUUUGUCCCUCUAUGGUAUUUUCCAUCCGCUUGCUGGCACGCCCCAGGGGAGGGCAGAGCUCAGGCAGCUGUUUCUACGCCCGCUAGUCAACAUCGACAUUAUUCGAGCAAGGCACAAUGCAAUAUCAGUGCUCCUGCAACCCGGUAACGAGACAGCUCUUGAGGACAUUACGCAGACCUUGAAAAAGGGCAUGGACAUCAAAAAAACAUUGGCUCAGUUGCAAAGGGGCGCAGAAUCACCCGCCAAUAGCACAUCGGUCGAGCGUGGCGUGUGGUGGAGCUUGGCUAAGUUUUCGCUGUUUGUGUUGCGGCUCAGAGAGGCGGUUCUUGAACUACGACACUGGCGCGAGGUGGCGAUUUUUCGACAGGUAACCCACGUUGGAAAUCCAAUCACCACUAUCCCUGUGGCUACAAUCAAAAGUAUUGGAGAACUAGUUGGGUCGACUGUCGACUUCGAAGAAACCAAGGCAAGCUCGCGCAUUUCCGUUAAAUGGAACGUUAAUCCCAAGCUUGACAAGCUCAAGCAAACAUACCAUGGACUGGACUCGUUUCUGAGUGAGGUUAGCAUAUCACUGGCCCGUGAGCUUCCAGAGUGGGCCCGAAAGUACGUGACCGGUUGCAUCUUCUGGCCUCAACUAGGGUUCCUCACGGUGGUGCCUUUGCUUCGCGACACAGGCGAGUCAGGUUAUGAAGGGCAAGGACUAGACAAUGACCGUUGGGAACAACGCUUCGUUGCCAACGGAAACGUAUACUAUAAGAACAAAAGCAUGUUGGAGUUAGACGCUCAAAUCGGCGACACUUACAGCAGAAUUGUUGAUCUGGAAGUCGAGAUCCUGCACAGUCUAGCCUGUCAGGUUCUCAAGUGCGCUUCUACGCUCAGUUGCGCGUCUGAAGCGUGCGGCGAACUUGACUGUUUGGUGGCCUUGGCAAAGGGGGCGCUCAAGUAUGGUUGGACGAGUCCAAAGAUGACAACUGACAAUGUUUUAUCAAUUCGGAGAGGCCGGCAUCCGCUCCAAGAGUUGACCGUACCGGCAUUCAUUCCUAAUGAUUGCCAUCUUGUUGGCGGCUCCGAAAAUGACUUCGAAACACGGGCGGUAUCAUCGGCGAAUAAGGGUCCGGGAGUCAGCAUGCUCGUCGUCACAGGGCCCAAUCAUUCUGGGAAGAGUGUGUACAUCAAGCAGGUUGCUCUGAUUGUUUACCUUGCUCAUAUAGGGAGUUUUGUGCCUGCUGAUGACGCCACCAUCGGCAUCACUGACCAGAUCUUGACCAGCAUCUCGGCACGAGAAAGCGUAUCGCUGACAGAGAGCUCUUUUGGUACUGAUUUGAGGCAGAUCUCAUUUUUACUAAGAUGUACAACCCGCCGUACUCUGGUUGCCAUCGACGAGUUUGGCAAAGGAACAGCUGCCGAUGAUGAGUCCGGGCUCAUGGCCGCCCUCAUCGAUCAUUUUACUACUCUCAGCUCACAGACCCCCAAAAUUCUCAUUGCAACGCACUGCCAUGAUAUUUUUGAAGGUGGCUAUCUCAAGGGCCGACCAGAGAUGUUUCUCGCACACAUGAAUGUCCGCCUUGACCUCGAGGCGGAGCAUAUGGAAGACCAGGUGGUCUUUCUAUACCAACUGAUGCCCGGAAAAAGCAUGUCAAGUUUUGGGAGUAGGUGUGCAGCUCUGAAUGGGGUCGAGGCCACUGUGGUAGAGCGAGCCGAAGCAAUUACACUUCUCCUGGCUCGAAAUGAGGACCUCGGAGCGGCAUAUGUCAAAUUAGAUGUCCAAGACGAGGCCCGGCUUGAAGAAGCCGAGAACGUCACCCGUGGGUUUCUCCGACUCGCUUUAGAGUAUCCAAAGGUGACCCACCCACAAAAUGGGAAAGACAACCAGGAGGAUUCUCUUGGGACGAGCCUAAGCAGGCUCUUGGCAUACAGUGCCUGCAGUUCAAGGGGCGGCGGAGCUACGUAA